CAGCUCUGGGUAGUGGAGAGUGUAAACGCACACACGCCUUUAGUUGGGAAAAGUAGCCCAUCAACUUUCCGUAGAGGAAACGAUUUCAGACGUUUUUUUUCUUCCGUUAUCUCUGUUUGCGAGUGGACAAUGCGCGACCCACACAUGUCCGUGUGUUGACAGCGCAGGACACUCCGUGUGUUUAGUGUAUACUACAGUUGUGGUUUUGCCUGACUCACCUAUAGAACGUAGGCCUAAACAGGUAGGCUACGGGAGCGAAAUCCGGAAGAACAAGCACAUCUAAUUGUUCACACUAUUUUCCUCUUACCUCUGCAACUGAACUUUUCCCAAUAACGUUUAUGCAGUUUUGAUAAUUCUUCGGAGAGAGAAGUGUGAAGAUGACGGAACUACCAGUUCACAGGAAAAAUAUGCUGAUUCUAGUUGAUGUUCUCUGUGUGUUUGUCGCGGCCCUUCCGUCAGCGGUCUUGACGUUAAUGUUCAGCCCGUACCAGAGGGGUAUCUACUGUGAUGACGAGAGCAUCAGAUAUCCUUACAGAAGAGACACCAUCUCCCACAGGGCAAUGGCUGCAGUCACCAUCMCCUCCUCCAUAGUCAUAAUAACUACAGGAGAAGCGUACCUGGUGUACUCCAAGCGUCUCCACUCCAACUCUAACUUUAACCAGUACAUGUCAGCUCUCUACAAGGUGGUGGGGACCUUCCUGUUUGGAGCAGCUGUGAGCCAAUCACUGACUGACCUGGCCAAGUUCACCAUUGGCAGGCCACGCCCUAACUUCCUGUCUGUGUGUAAUCCCACGGUGUGUUCUGGGUACAUGCUGCAACUCAACUGUACCGGCAACCCUCGAAACGUCACUGAGUCCAGAUUGUCAUUUUACUCCGGACACUCUGCCUUCGGGAUGUACAGCAUGCUGUUUCUAGCAUUGUAUGUGCAAGCACGUAUGCAGGGGAAGUGGACUCGUCUGGUCAGACCCACAGUGCAGUUUUUCCUCGUGUUGUUUGCGUUGUACGUUGGAUACACCCGGGUUAGCGACUACAAACACCACUGGAGCGACGUACUGGUGGGACUGCUGCAGGGAACUCUCAUCGCUGUGCUCAACGUUUGCUACGUCUCAGAUUUUUUUAAGCUCCGCCCCCCUCCUCGCUGCCCACGAUCCGAGGCGGCUGAAGACGAGCACCUAGAGGCCAAACCUGGCCUGGAUCCAGACACACAACUACACAACAAUCACUACAACUACACAACUACUUCAGCCUGAACACAGACUAACAACUACACAACAACCUCUACACAACAAUCACGGUAACCGUGGGGAAGUGGCGUAGACAGUAAUUUGUUGGUGGGUGGGCCUGCAGAAAUUUGGGUGGGCAAUUUUUUUAAAUUAAAAUGCUUUGUUGUUGGGGAAAGGAGCUAACUUCCUGCAAUGUUGCCAUUGGGCCAAGAGAGAAAUGUGCAGUUUUAUAGCUGUCUAUGAAUUAUAUCUGAUGAUGUUUGCAUGUUUAAGUAAAAAGACGACAAAUAACUAGAGCCCAACCCGUAUUGGAUUUUUGGGUCCGAUACCGAUUUUGAGGGAGGGAAAAGUCACAGAUUACCGAUAUAUCUGCCGAUAUAUUGUUUUUUAGAGGUUGAAUGAAAAACAGACCAAAUUGUGCUUCAAAGGAUCAACAGAUACUCUAAAUGAUGAUUUCUUAACUAAAUAUUAUAGUUAACAUUAUUUAAGAACAUUUUAUUUGUGGUUACAGGAGAUCCACCAAAAAGCAAUUAUAUUCUCUAUAAAUACGACAGUGAAUACAAAGCUUGUUUAGUUGACCUUCUUAGGUGCAACUUAAAAAUGUCUAUGGCAGUGGAAAAGAGGUAUGAAAAAGUGUUUGUGCUAAACUACCAUAAGGGUGAGUAGAUUUACUAGUGUUUUACAACAGUCAAAGGUCAUGUAAACAAACACUUUAUGGCAACCUUGCAAUGAGAGUACGUUAUGACAAGCACAAGCUAGCUGUUCAUUACGACAAUGUUUUCUUACAGAAACCAUAUUUAUAUAACACUGUUAUUCAAUACAAAAUGUAUUGGCUAUACAUUUCAACUGCAAAUGGCAUGCGCUGAUGACUGAAAAUGUUUAUGCAUGCAAAUUCUUGCUGCACUGGUUUUUGUCACACGUUUUAAUUUCGCGAGCUAACUAACAUUCGCUACUUAUCUCAUAAUGAAUGCAAGCGCGUGGCCUGAAUGAUAGACCUGCGCCAACUGUCUUGUUUAUUGCAGAUAGCAUAUUUCAGAAAACUAACUAAAUUAGCCUACUAGCUAACAUCAUAUGCCCCGACAGUAUCAGUCCUCUUUUUGUAUCAAGGACGAGUGUUCACUUUGGCGCCAGUCCAGUGUUGGCACAUACGUAGCACAGAUUGCUAGCUAUCUAGCUAAGUUUACUACCUUGCUGGCUAGAUAGCUAAGCUAACUACCUUGCUGGCUAGCUAGCCAGCUAAUGUUAACAAAGUGAGAAUGUGAUGAGGACAGGGCUGCUUGCUUGGUGAAGUGUACUUUUGAUUAUUUACUCAUGCUGGCUGUGGCAAGCUACUCACCGUCAAACUACCAUGUCUACUUUCUCUCACAUUGUGGACUAGGGCUGAAUGAUGUUCAAUGAGCAGCUGGUAGAGUGCCCUCUUUAGGCAACCAUUGAAAAUGGAGCAGACACAUUUGUUUAUUCUAUGUAUAUAAUAUGGGCACUUUAUCUGUGGAAUAAAGGCAGAUAAAAAUAUUUCUGUGAAAGGCUAAUAUCGGCCGAUAAUAUCGGUCAACCAAUUUAUCGGUCGGGCUCUACAAAUAAUGUCCCAUUUGGAACAAUGACAAGGAAAGAGCAGUA